ACCCGGUGAUCUCGAGACCCGGAACGACAGUGUUGUACUGACGCAGAAACGUGCCAUAUCUGUUGCUUUUGCAAUCCACAACCAACAGCUCUGAAUUGACCUUAAAUAUGUCUACUAUCGUCUACCGUCAAACAGAUCAGUGCUUGAAAGUGUUUCUCCAAUGCCAUUUAUCUUCAAAAGGAAGCAUCCCUAUGAUGAGGUAAAUUAAGGCCUAGCAUUUUCCGAUUGCUGUUUUCAAUAAUCAAUCCCUGAGGAGGAUAGAGCAAGAGAGAAUGAGCAGAUUAUCCAAAGACCUCCACUGCCUGUUUGGAGCAUUUGUGUCGACUGAGGAUGAAAGUGCAUAAAAGGAUGUUAUAAUACACGAUCAACACAGAAAAGGUUUGAGUCUAUAGCCAACGGGACACGCGAGGACUUGAUUGCAGUCACUCUAAGCCUGAGAGUUUGAGUCACCUCUGACCUCCUGCCGUGCCCACUGGUUGCCUGGCAUUACCUUUUCCAUCCACUUCGUAGUGAAGGAAGACCUAGGCUCCCAUUCUUGGUUCUACUUCACUCGUGCCUUUUUACGGUUUUCCCAAGUAAACUAUCUCUCCCAGACGUACGUCAUUCGGUAUUAGGCUUAAUUUCCAAAAUGAUUCCCAACGGAUAUUUGAUCUUUGAGGAUGAAAGUUUCCUGGAUUCCACUGUGGCCAAGAUGAACGCCCUUAGAAAGAACGGCCAGUUCUGUGAUGUGAGACUUCAGGUGUGUGGCCAUGAAUUGAUGGCUCAUCGGGCAGUGUUGGCUUGUUGCAGUCCAUAUCUGUUUGAAAUAUUUAACAGCGACCUGGAACCUCAUGGUAUCUCUCAUGUGAAAUUUGAGGAUCUGGACCCUGUGGCUGUGGAAAUCCUUCUCAACUAUGCUUACACUGCCCAGUUGAAGGCAGAUAAAGAGCUGGUUAAGGAGGUUUACUCUGCAGCCAAACGGCUCAAAAUGGACAGAGUGAAGCAGAUCUGUGGCGACUAUCUUCUCUCCAAGAUGGAUUCCCAGAGCGCCAUCUCCUAUCGCAAUUUUGCCAGCUGCAUGGGAGACGGGUGUCUGCUGGGCAAGAUCGACAGCUAUAUCCAGGAGCAUCUUCUGGACGUGUCUGAGCAAGAGGAUUUCCUCAAGCUGCCACGUCUUAAGUUGGAGGUGCUGCUGGAGGAUAACUUGACCUUGCCUAGUAAUGGCAAGCUGUACUCCAAGGUGAUUGGCUGGGUGCAACGCAGCCUAUGGGAAAAUGGUGAACCCCUGGAGCGACUGAUGGAGGAGGUGCAAAUGCUGUACUAUUCGGCCGAUCACAAGCUGCUCGAUGGGAGCCUGCUUGAUGGGCAGGCUGAGGUGUUCGGCACUGAGGAUGACCACAUCCAGUUUGUGCAGAAGAAGCCCCCACGUGAGAAUGUACACCGACAGCUGAGCACCAGCUCCUCUGGCAGCCUCUCCCCUGGAUCCGCCAAACAUUCCUGCAAGCCAGAGUGGAAAUACAUUGCUUCCGAGAAAACCACCAACAAUACAUAUCUGUGUCUGGCCGUGUUGAACGGCAUGCUGUGUGUGAUCUUUCUGCAUGGGCGCAGCAGUCCCCAGGCCUCGCCCUCGGCUACACCUUGUCUGACCAAGAGCCUGAGUUUUGAGGGCCAGCCACUGGAAGAGGAACCGGACAAGCUGCUGGCACCCAUGCACUAUGCUCGCUCCGGCCUGGGCAUUGCUGCUCUGAACGGCCGACUCAUUGCCGCAGGUGGCUACAAUCGGGAGGAGUGCUUGAGGACUGUGGAAUGUUACGACAUGAAGACAGACAGCUGGAGUUUCAUUGCUCCAAUGAGGACACCACGCGCUCGAUUUCAGAUGGCCGUGCUCAUGGGUCAGCUUUAUGUGAUGGGUGGGUCCAAUGGCCAUUCAGAUGAACUAAGUUGUGGGGAGACGUACAACCCUAGUGCUGACGAGUGGACUCAAGUGCCUGAGCUCAGGACCAAUCGUUGCAAUGCAGGUGUCUGCUCUCUGAACAACAAGCUGUAUGUUGUUGGGGGAUCAGAUCCAUGCGGACAGAAAGGUCUGAAGAAUUGUGACGUUUUUGACCCCGUGAGCAAGGCCUGGACCAGUUGUGCCCCUUUAAACAUCAGGAGGCAUCAGGCUGCCGUGUGCGAGCUGGAUGGCUUCAUGUACGUGAUCGGAGGAGCAGAGUCUUGGAACUGUUUGAACAGUGUAGAAUGCUACAAUCCAGAAAACAACAUUUGGACCCUUGUUGCCCCAAUGAACAUAGCCCGUAGAGGAGCUGGAGUGGCCGUCCAUGAAGGUAAACUGUUCGUGGUGGGCGGCUUUGAUGGCUCUCAUGCCCUGCGUUGCGUUGAAAUGUACGACCCUGCACGCAACGAAUGGAGGAUGCUGGGGAGCAUGAAUUCACCACGCAGCAAUGCCGGUGCAGCCGUGCUCGGUGACAUCAUCUAUGCCGUUGGUGGCUUUGAUGGAAACGACUUCCUCAAUUCGGUUGAGGCCUACAACCCUAAAACAGAUGAGUGGAGCCCCUGUGCAGAUGCCUUCACCAAUUCCUAAGAGCCAGGGGUCAGGGAACCAUUGGGGGUGGGGGGUUAUCUCACUCAAACUAACAGGCUUAGUGACGUAAUCGUGCUUUGUGAUGUCCUGUGUGUAUGCGGGAGGGUGGACAGGUGGGUUUUUGAGGUGUCGGGGUCUUGUAGGGUCUUCUUUACAGGGGUCACCCAUGAGGCUUACCUUUCUUAUAGUGUUUGGGAGGAGGUGGGUGGGGGUGGUCCGUUGGGGGUUGCCGAAAGCAACAUUAAGCCUUUGCAUAUUGCAUACUUUAUUUUUGUUGUUGUAUAUAUUGUUGUUUCUUUUUUGCCAUUUUAAGGAUGCCAACAUUUAUUGCAUACUGAGUGUACUUUUUUGAGUUUAGAAUUUCUCCAUUUUCAGCAAGUUGCAUUGAUUGGUUGAACCCAAUAAGGAAGUGAUUCAGGUUUGCUUUAUAGGUUUAUUUUAUUUUAUUUUGUUUGUUAGCUCUCUUCAUUUGAAGCUCCACGCUUAUACAAAGCCUUAUUUUACAAAACAUUCAAACACAUGGCUUUCCUUUUUGUAUCAUUAGCCAUGACCUAGGAUUACCAAUCUUUAAAGAUGGCCUUUUUUAUAUUUUUGAUACACUGCUACAGUAACCAAUAGAUAGAUGGAUGAGCUAGCAGACGCAGAACACCCAUGAGGUUAAUAAACUUUAAUCAGUGCCAGUUUAGUUACACUCACAUGCGUAUAAUCGACCAUGCUUCAGUGCUUCUGCUCAUUAGACCUUGUUACUAUUUCUUUUGUUUGACCGAUUCAAGCAAGUGAGGUGAUGCUCAUUUCCUUCUCAGACCAUCUAUUUUUAAUAUUUACUGUUUCGCAUUUGGAAGCAACAAAAAAUUUAGAAUUUUUUGGCUCCAUGGUUUUGUUUUUCUCAAUAAACUUAAUCGGGGGAGAAAGUUCUGUACCACAUUUGUUAUGAGCUGAUAUUUCCUUACUAAUAAACCAUUUCAAUCUGUAAAA